CUUCACGCGAUCGUCUAUAUCGAAGCUCCAGGCAUUGAAGCAUUGCAGCAUUGAAGCUUCAAUUUCCAGCUUUCUAUCUUUCAUCACAAUAGGAACAAACAACAAUAUACACGCGGCACCGGAACAAAUCUUUAAUUUUACUAUCCGAAUUCAGGCUUGAAUACCCUUCCUCAAGUCACAAAGGUCUUCUCUUUCAACUGACCCGCUACAUCUCGAGUAGUAGCACCCGAUGGAUUGAACCUCAUCGGCAACUCUGUAGCACAGCGCCUCCCGCGCCUGACCUUCUGUUUCAACUUCUUGCGAUCUCGGUACUAUCGCAUUCUGCGCUGCAGUUAUCGGCUAUAAUACACAGCAGGCACCGCUUAGAUGUCUCCACAAUCGCAAACCAACGGCGUCGCGCCUGCAUCCUCGGGACCGUCUCAAUCGCAACCAGCCCAAACGCAAUCAUCAAGCACUACACUCCCCGCCUCACAGCCUGUGCCAGGCGCAGCAGCAGCACUUGGCCCUGUCUCGCCUGCGAUCACCUCAGCCCCGCGCCCCCGCGACGCGCGCGUAAUUGAGCUCCUCCUGACUUCCCAAGGCGUGACUUCCUUCGACAGCCGCGUGCCCCUCCUCCUCCUCGACUUCGCCUACCGACAUACGUCCUCCAUCCUCUCCGAUGCCCUCCAUCUAACGACCGACCCCUUCAUCACCCACGCCGGCGCGAAGCCGAGCGCACAAUCCGGCGCUGCGCCCUCAGCCCCCGCCGCGGCCGACGCACAAGUCUCCACCAAUGCCGUGACGCUGGCCAUCGCCUCGCGGCAGGCAUACCAGUUCCGGGGUGGCAGCGGGGCCGGUGGAAGCGGUGGCGGCGGUGCAUCGAAGGAUUGGCUGCAGGAACUGGCCAAGGAACGAAACAAGGUCGCGCUGCCGCGUGUGCAUGCGCACGAGUGGGGUGUUCGACUUCCGGGUGAGCGGUUUGUACUCAGCGGUCAAGGCUGGGGAUUGCGGGACACGUGGGAGGAAGACGGGGAUGACGGUAGUUUGGAUGAGGAUGAGGACGAAGAGGAGAUGGAAGAUGUGAUGGAUAUCGACCCAGCCACCAAGAUUGAGCCAGCUACGGAAGGCGAGGGCGGCGGGCUGGACGAGUUCCUUGGCGAUGAUAUGGCAGAUGAGGAUAUGGAGGGGAUGGAGUAACCGAGGGCUUGGAUAUUGUCAGCACAGCAUCGAAAGCAAGCCAAGAGACUUGCUGGCUUUGGGUUUAGGCGUUUGCGAGGUCAUCCAAAACGGCCGGUUCGUAGGCUCGUUCCGGGGCUACAUGAAAAGUGCGAACUACGCUACAAAGGGAGUUGACCAGGCUGAGAAGAUGCCUGUACCUCCUUGAUGCAGCUCCUCGACACAGGUCUUCGACAACAGCUGUCUGUGAGAGAGGGGUGGUCUCAGUAGGUAGAGACCGCCUAGGUUUAGGAGAUGGCAGAGCAUCUGAGGCGUUUUAUUGAGAUGCGACAGAAAGGUGCCAGAAAUCGCUACGAAAUUCCGAUUUGCGUUGGAACUUCUGGUGAAGCUGCGGACUACAGUCAGGAAACCGUUGCAUAGAUCAAACGAGUCAUACACCACGAGACCAUCUAGGUCUGCAGUGCGUUUUUCCAAAGUCAUUACUGUGCAGAAUCAGAAGACAUGAUGCAGAAAAUUCUCU